CAUACAUGGACCUGCAGUGAUGCUUAGAAACAUCAAGUGAAAAGGUCCAACUUGAUGAUUGUGGAUUGCACUAUCUCUCAUUAAUGGGACAAGACCCAAACCAGAGGAAAUGGGAUUUACACUGGAUUUAAUGAUGCUUCUUCUUUUUGUUGUUGUUGCGGUGAAGCAAGUUUCAUCUGUUUCCCCGAGCAGAGAAGAAUUUACAGAAGCAGUGGCAUAUUUGAGGAAGUAUGGCUAUCUGCACAUUCCACUGGACAAUAAAGGCCCAAACCAUCCACCCGAGGCAGUAGCUGAGGCAGCGAGAAUCUUUCAGAGAGUAACAAACCUGCAAAUAUCAGGGAAACUAGACUCAGCCACGCUGGCAAUGAUGAACAGACCUCGAUGUGGACUACAGGACUUUUUCACUGACAAAUCUCUCAAAUAUCGAGUGUUGGGUCAUUGGCGUAAGAAGAUGCUGACCUACCGCCUCUAUAACUACACACCAGACUUGGGUCAGGGAAAGACCCGCGUGGCCAUCCAGAACGCCUUUAAGUACUGGAGUGACGUGUCACCUCUGAGGUUCAGGGAACUGCAGCAAGGAAGAGCAGACAUCAAAAUCUCCUUUCACAGGAAAGAUAAGACAUGUCCAGUUCCCUUUGAUGGUCGAGGUCACAUUUUAGCCCAUGCUGACGCCCCCGAGUCAGGCAUUGUGCACUUUGAUGAAGACGAAGUGUGGACAGAGGGGAGGAGCCAGGGCUCCAACCUGAGGAUCGUUGCCGCGCAUGAGAUUGGCCACGCCCUCGGCCUGGGCCACUCACAAUACUACAGUGCACUCAUGGGACCUCUGUACAAUGGAUACCGCUCCAACUUCAAGCUCCAUGCAGACGACAUACGAGGGAUUCAAGCUUUAUACGGAAAGCCAAACACAUUUCCUCCACCCAGAAAACCAGCGGCAGGAGGUGGAGGAGCUGUCGUAGAUCCCUGCAAGGCCACUUUGGAUGCAGUUUUAUUAGGUCCUCUGCAUAAGACAUAUGUUUUCAGUGGCCAGUACGUGUGGACAGUGUCCAACUCUGGCUACAGUUCUCUCACCCUGAUCUCUGCACUGUGGAAGGAGCUGCCCGGGAGCCUCAAUGCAGCUGUUCACUCUCAGAGGACUGGCAAGUCCUAUUUUCUGAAAGGAGACAAAGUCUGGAGAUUUACAGGCUUCAAACUUGACCACGGCUUUCCCAGACGCUUGGUCAACAUCCCUGCAAAUGUCAACUCAGCCUUGUACUUCAACAAGAACAAAAAACUUAUAUUUUUCAAAGGAUCUGGAUACUGGCAGUGGGAUGAAAUGGGUCCAACGGACUUCAGUUCAUAUCCCAAACCUGUUGGACAACUCUUCCAUGGGGCACCAAGUAACACCGACGCUGCCGUAACAUGGACAAACGGUUAUGUAUACAUGUUCAAAGGCACGCAGUACUGGCGCGUGAACCACAACCACCAAACCGUGGACAGGGUCUAUCCUCAGAACACUGCUAAAAAGUGGAUGCAGUGUGACGACUGA